AUGGCCAUGCCCCCGCUCACCCCGUCCAACUCUCAUUCUGCGGCGUCUGAGGAUUUCAACACAACUUCGCCUCCGACACUGCUCAACGGCGUCUCCAGCCAGAUCAAGCCCCACAGCCUCGAUGCGCUCGCCGUGAACGCGGACGCCAACGCGGACGAGUCGCUGAAAGCGCAGGCGUUUGCGCAGAGCCGCAGGGGACAGUCUAACUCGGACGAUGAGGAUCUGACACCGGCGCAGUCGAGGAGAAAGGCCCAGAAUCGCGCAGCCCAACGGGCCUUCCGUGAACGCAAGGAACGACAUGUCAAAGAUCUCGAGCAGCGCCUCGCCAACCUUGAAUCAUCCCAACAGAUGGCUGUGGCAGAGAAUGAGCGUUUGAAGCAAGACCUCCAGAAAAUCAGCACCGAAAACGAAAUUCUCAGGGCCACCAGCGGUCUCCAGGGCGGCGGCAAUAGCUCGCUCUCGCCUGAGCCCACCACCACUGGGCCCAUGCAGUAUAACCCUACCGAUUUCUACUCCAAUGUCCUCUCCAACCAUGCCAACAAGACGCCCAGCCACAGGAUUGUCACAUCAGACGACGGUGAACGACUUCUCGCGGCUGGCGCCACCUGGGACCUCAUCAUCUCUCACGAUCUCUACAAGCGCGGCCUUGUGGAUAUUGGUGACGUGAGCGAGCGUUUGAAGAACCAGGCCAAGUGCGACGGCCAGGGCCCGGUCUUUUCGGAGCGUGCCAUCAACGAGGCCAUCGAGAGCAGUGUUGCCAGUGGCAGCGAUGAGUUGCUAUGA